AUGAGAUUCUUCAAAUUUGCCAAGUACAUUUUCAUGCUUUGCUUAUUAUCAGUUCUGUUGUUCUGUUUCUCUCUUAAGUCCAAUGCUGCAUUAUCGAGUGAUCGAGCAGCACUCCUUUCGUUCAUGUCGUGUAUCGAUUUAGACCCUCAAGGAGCUCUUAGUACAUGGAAAUCUUCACAUAUCCAUGUCUGUAAUUGGACUGGUGUAACCUGCAGCAUCAACGAAACUCGUGUCACUAAGCUUGAUCUUAGAGGUAGGUUGUUAAGAGGGACUAUUUCUGCUUCUCUAGGAAAUCUUAAGUCUUUAAGUAUCCUAGAUUUGUCUGAGAAUUUUUUUCAAGGACAAAUUCCAUCUCAACUAGGCUCGAUUUCAGGGCUUUCACAGAUUAGCCUAGCAUUAAAUCUUCUUCAAGGGGAGAUUCCUCCUGAAUUAGGUAGCCUUAAACAGCUGAAUUACCUCAAUUUAGGGAGCAAUAACUUGGUGGGUCGAAUCCCCGAGCCAUUAUUAUGUAAUGGUUCAUCAUCUUUGGAGUAUUUAGACCUUUCUAAUAACUCUCUUAGUGGGGAAAUACCCAUGAAAGAAGGGUGUGAGCUUAGGGAGUUGGCUUAUCUCUUGCUUUGGUCUAACUAUCUCUCAGGUCAUGUCCCUCUAGCUCUUUCCGAGUCCACGAAACUCAAGUGGGUUGAUCUAGAAUCUAAUAAUCUAACAGGGGAAGUGCCCUCAAAAGUGCUGAGGAAGAUGCCUAUGUUGCAGUUUGUUUAUCUGUCUUACAAUGAUUUUGUAGGCCAUGAUGGCAAUACCAACCUCGAACCUUUCUUUGCUUCUUUGGCUAACGCGACUGACUUGCAAGAACUUGAGCUUGCAGGGAAUAAUGUUGGUGGAAAUUUACCUCCUAAUAUUGGUAAUCUUACAAAUCUUGUACAACUUCACCUAGAUGGUAACCUUAUAUAUGGGUCAAUUCCUCCUCAAAUAUCGAACCUUGUUAAUCUUACCCUCCUUAACUUGUCUAGUAACAUCUUAAAUGGUUCAAUCCCACAAGAGUUGUGUAAGAUGAAGAAGCUAGAAAGGUUGUAUUUAAGCAACAAUUCACUCUCGGGUGAAAUCCCAUCGGCUUUUGGUGACAUACCUCAUCUAGGACUCUUAGACCUGUCUAAAAACAAGCUAUCAGGCUCAAUACCUGACAGUUUUGCCAAUUUACCUCAGCUAAGAUCGCUACAGCUUUAUGAAAAUCAACUCUCUGGACCGAUACCUCCAAGUCUAGGCAAAUGCAUCAACUUGGAGAUUCUAGACCUGUCACACAACAGAAUUUCAGGGGAAAUUCCUGGUGAGGUUGCAGGAUUGAGAAGCUUGAAGUUGUACUUAAACUUGUCGAGUAACAUCUUAACUGGUCCGGUACCACUAGAGCUUAGCAAAAUGGAUAUGGUUUUGGCAAUUGAUUUAUCCAUGAACAAUCUCUCUGAUACUAUACCUUCACGGCUUGAGAGCUGUGUUGCUUUGGAGAGUCUCAAUUUAUCGAAUAAUCACUUGCAAGGGCAUCUUCCAACCACUGUAGGCCUAUUGCCUUAUCUGCAGUCAUUUGAUGUAUCAAGAAAUGAGUUGGUUGGUCACAUUCCUGACUCAUUUCAGACAUCUUCAACCUUAAACAAGCUUAACUUCUCCUUCAACAACUUUUCUGGUUAUGUGUCGAACAAGGGUGUGUUUUCCUUACUGGAUGUAAAUUCUUUCCUGGGAAACAAUGGCCUUUGUGGUUCAAUCAAAGGCAUGCCAAGUUGUCAGAAUAAAAAUUUUCGGCACCAUUACAUGUUUUUGCCAAUCGUAGUAUCAGCAUUUGGUGUUGUAGGUUUGUGCAUUUUUGGUCGGUCUAUGGUACUUGAAAGGCGGAUAAAAGGAGCUUACAAUGGGAAAGAUGCAGAAUCUUUGAAACAGAUGUAUGAAGAGCCUAAGUAUCCAAGAAUCUCCCACCAACAGCUUUUUGAGGCAACCAAUGGUUUUAACUCAUCAAGCUUGGUUGGUUCAGGUCGAUUUGGUCGUGUUUAUGAAGGGACUCUUCAAGACAACACCAAAGUAGCCGUGAAAGUUUUGGACUGCAGAGCUGAUACAAAAGUUUCAGGAAGCUUCAAGAGGGAAUGUCAGGUUCUGAAGAAUAUUCGGCAUAGAAAUCUAGUCAGGAUCAUAACAAUCUGUAGUAAGCCAGAUUUCAAGGCAAUUGUUUUCCCUUUAAUGUCAAAUGGGAGCCUUGAAAAUCAUCUGUACCCAUGUCAUGAAUUAAGCCGGGGGUUGGACCUGGGACAGCUUGUCAAUAUCUGCACCAAUGUCGCGGAAGGAAUGGCUUAUCUCCACCACCAUUCACCAGUUAAAGUUGUUCAUUGUGAUCUCAAGCCGAGCAAUAUUCUUCUGGAUGAUGACAUGAAUGCUCUGGUGACUGAUUUUGGCAUUGCGAAGCUUGUAAAAGAAGAUGAUGAGAGUCUCUCUGCUCAUGAUUCUGCUUCUUUUAACUCUACUGAUGAAUUGCUGUGUGGCUCUGUUGGCUACAUUGCUCCAGAAUAUGGCCUAGGAAGGAGGGCUUCAACACAAGGAGAUGUAUACAGUUUCGGGGUACUUCUGCUAGAGAUUGUUACAGGAAAGCGCCCUACAGAUGUUCUCUUUGAUGAAGGUUCAAGCUUACAGGAAUGGGUUAAGAGUCAUUAUCCACACAAUCUAGAGCCUAUAAUCGAACUGUCCCUAACAAGAUUUGCUCCUUAUGGCAUAGGUUCACAAAACAAGAAGAUUGUGUUGCGCGAAAUUAUCUUGGAGCUGAUAGAGCUUGGCCUAAUAUGCACACAACACUCUGCUUCAACACGGCCAACUAUGCUAGACAUAGCCCAAGAGAUGGGAAGGCUCAAGCAGUUUAUCUUGAAUCCUUCCUCGAUACUCAAUGAUGAAGUUCAUUCCAAUUUUUAAUACAGUACAGUCCUCAUUUUGGGAAAUUUUGCCUUUUUCUCAACUUGGAUUGAUUGUAUUUGAAGUUGUACAAAAAAGAAGGUUACUAGUGAAAACGAUUUUUUUUAUUGGUUGAUGAUUAUAUCACCCAUUCUUUUUUUUUUGGGUGUGUUCUUUCAAUCUUUUGUAGGUUCUAGCAUCAUGAUGUAUGAAGUAGAAAGUUAAUAGCCUUUUUUCUUCUUUUAUUGGUUUAAUGGAAACUCAUUCUUUCUAUAAUCAGAAGAAGCUAAUGGAUUUGUGGUCCAUUCCAUUGCUAGAAGCCUAGAAAUGCUGUCAUUAUUUCCUAAUUGGUUGAUAGGCUAGGCUAUCACAGCCAACCAUAUGUAAAAGUCUUAGGAGGAAUGAUAGGUCAAUCUCAAGGAUCAAUAA